AUGAGACUCUUAGAGAAGAUUAAAAUAAACUCCCAACAAAGAUGGAUGGUAUGUUAUAAACUUGGUGGAAAGUAUGAAUGUUCUACGUUAAACCUCAAUAAUAUUGGAACAUUACUACAUCAGCUCUUGAAGGAGAACUUUAUAUCAGAGAUAGAAGCAAAUGCCGCAGGUAUUGUUGAAAUGCACUAUGACUUCUUCUUGACAAACAUAAAGAAUCUUACUGAAAUAAAGAUGUAUGAUUUAACAGAAUAUGAAGGCUUAACGAUGUCAGAUGUUAAGAAAGGAAAGCCACAGAAGCGACCAUAUAGAGAUGAAAGCACACUGACAGAAAGACAGAAAAGAUUAUUGAACAGACUUAAACAAACAGGAGAUAAACAAGAUAUAGAUGACUUCUGGAAUGAAAUCCUUGGUGAAAAGAAGUUUUAUAAGAAGAGAAGCGGUCAGUUCUGGAAGUAUCUUUGCACGUUACCUAUAAAUCUUGAACGCUACCAAAUCUUCAAUGAACUGAACAAAAGAACUGCAGCACUUAUGACAGAGGACAAUUGUUUCGUUUAUGCUUGCAUUCAGGCUGGAGUAAAUGAAGAAACUAUUGACCACAUGAGAGAAGUCAUUCGUGUUAGAGACUUUCCUCAAAGUAAAGUACAAGAAAUUUCUGACGCAACAGGUAUAGCAUUUAAUGUUACCAUUGGUUACUUCAAUGACUCAAGACAUAAUGAAAUAAAGAGAUACAUACCAAAAGAAUGUAAAACUGUUCGAACUAUUGACUUACUUCUU